GCCGUUCUGGAAUGUACUCUGGCUUUUUAGUUGACUUCUAUCGUGUUCCUUCCUUGUGGUGUAGAAGUCAGUACUAGCUCAUUUCACCACACUUUCCCUCUCUUCAUAUCGUUGUCCUCGCUGCAGUCCUCCGCUCGCACAGAGGCGCUGUAGCGGCGCGUCCUCUCACCAAAAACAGCCCCGAAACGCUUCCUCUCGAGCCUCAAGACAGCCGUAAAGAUGCCGUCGAUCGAAUUCGACGACUCAAAGCCUAGCUGGGCCGAUCAGGUGGAGGAAGAGGGAGAUGAAGGUACACUCCCUUCACCAAAAGAGACAGUCAAAGGUAACAUCAAGACUGUCACGGAAUACAAGAUUGAUGAAGAUGGCCAGAAGUGUAAGAUUGUCAGGACAUUCAAAAUUGAGACGCGGAAGGCCUCCAAAGCAGUUGCCAGGAGGAAGAACUGGAAAAAAUUUGGCAACUCUGAACGUGAUGCACCAGGUCCCAAUGUUGCCACCACCACAGUGAGUGAUGACGUCUUCAUGACCUUCAUCUCCAGUAAAGAGGACUUGAAUGCUCAAGACCAAGAUGAAGAUCCCAUGAACAAGCUGAAAGGACAGAAGAUCGUGUCCUGCCGUAUCUGUAAAGGGGAUCACUGGACCACUCGCUGUCCGUACAAGGACACACUUGGUCCUAUGCAGAAGGAGCUGGCCGAGCAGCUGGGUCUGUCCACGGGAGAAAAAGAGAAGGCAGCAGGUCUAGAGCCAGAGCCUGCUCAACCUGCCCAAAACAAGACUGGGAAGUAUGUUCCCCCCAGCCUGCGGGACGGUGGUACGCGCAGAGGAGAGUCCAUGCAGCCUAACCGCAGAGCUGAUGAUAAUGCAACAAUCCGUGUGACCAACUUGUCCGAGGACACCAGGGAGACGGAUCUGCAGGAGCUUUUCAGGCCUUUUGGCUCCAUCUCUAGGAUCUAUCUGGCCAAGGACAAGAACACAGGCCAGUCUAAGGGCUUUGCCUUCAUCAGCUUCCACCGCCGUGAGGACGCUGCCAGAGCCAUCGCUGGUGUGUCUGGCUUCGGUUACGACCAUCUCAUUCUCAACGUGGAAUGGGCCAAACCCUCCAACAACUGACAGAGCUCCAUAAAUAUUCCAGGUCUAGAUUUGUUCUGCCAAUUGUAUCAGGCGGUGUUCCAAAUAAAUGCAAAUGAUAAAGCA